AUGGCAGACCAAGACCCCGAAGCCCCAAUACCCCUCCGUCUCUCAGACGACGAGAAACGAGUCCUCGAGCUGCACGACCGGCUCCAGCAGCUGCAACUCGAGAUCGCGAUCAUCACCGCCCAGAAGAACUACGUGCCAGAUCCAGAUUCAGAACGCAGCAGAGACGCAGCCGAGAAGCAGGUCCUGGAAUCGCGGGCCCUUUACGUCCUCCGCAACGACAAGGUCGAGGGCGCUAUGAUCGCCAGGCCGAUCCUCCAGGCGGCGCAUAACGGGACGAGGGCCUCGCCUGUUGAGAGAGACCUCCUCCCACACCUCCAUGCCCGCGACAAAACAACCACCGCCCUAGCGCAGCAAGCGUCCGCCCACCGCGCGCUCCAAGACGCUCUCUUCGCAACCGAGGCGUCGAACCAGCGCCUCGCGCGCGAGAACGUCCACCUCGCAACGCAGAUGCUGGCGCUGGCGGAGCAGACGGCGCACCCCGGCGGCGAGGCGUCGGCGCUGGAUCCGGACUCGGAGCUGCGCGCCGAGAUGGCCGCGCUGGAGGACGAGGUGCGCGCGGGCCGCCGCAAGUGGCGCGUCUUGAAGGGCACGGCGAGCGCGGUGGUGGCGGGCAGUGGGGUCGAUUGGGCGCGGGAUGCGGAACUUAGGGGGAUGGUGAUGGACGGGGAGGGUGAUGGUAUUUAG